GAACACCUUGCAAUGGGAAGUAAACUUGCCUGUUUGUCCGCUGGAUUAUAUACCGGUCCAAACCUGAAGCCCCAAUUCUCUCUCUCUCUCCCUCUCGCGCAGGAGAAUUAUUUGAAUACAAAACCCUAGCGAAUAGAAAUACAAUACAACACGAAUCGAGACUGCAACAAUAGCCGGAUCGGAGCAGAGAAGAAAGCCAACCCUAGAAAGCAAAAGCAAGUACCCUCAUAUCUUUGGUAUGAUUUUAGGUGCUGAGGGACAUAUAUCGGAUAAAAGAGGUCUACUUUCUGCAUGAGAAGAAGAUAUGAGUAGGUUAUCGUUCAGGCCUCGUCCGCUCGACAUUCACAAGAAGCUUCCCAUCGUCAAGAGCGUCAAGGACUUCGAAGAGGACGACGCCCCCACCACCUCCUCAACCCGCAAUUCUCAGUUGCUCCGUCUGGCUUCCGAUGUCGACAAUGAGGUACAUCAAAUACCUACCAAGAAAUUGGCUCCUGAGAUACCUACUCCUCAGUUUGUUGUUGUGGAUACAUAUGAAAGAGACUAUUCACGCACUUUCUCACAACCAACAUCGUACUUACGUGGAAGAGGAGCUCGGGCUGAGCUUGGAGACUUUGUAGAGUAUGAUCUGGACAACGAGGAUGAGGAUUGGUUUCAGGAGUUUAACAAAGAAAGGAAGAUUCUUACACCUGAAAAACUUGAGAGUCUAAUCUUUAAGUUGGAGGUGUUGGAUCAUAAGGCUAGAGAAAGAGCAGGAGUUAUUACACCGACUCUUGGUUCACCGAUUCCUGUACUUCUGCAUCAGGAUGCUGCUAUCGAGGCUCUACAAGCUCAUUCUCUCAAAUACGCUGUUCUCCAGUCGGUUUAUAACUAUUGGAAAGAGAAGCGUGAAAGAUGGCAAAAGCCCAUUUUACGGCGUUUGCAGCCUCCUCCACCUGUCAAUGACACCAAUCCGUACAAUGUUUUUAGGCCAAGGGAGAAGGCCCACAGACUUCAUACAAGAAGGAUGCAAAGGAGGGAAAACAAUGUACAAUCAUUUGAAAAGCUUCGUCAGGUCAGGCGCAACCUCGACCAAGCCAAGACAAUUCUGGAGGCUUUAAUUAAGAGAGAGGAGACGAAGAGGGAAGUAAUGGAGACUGAAGUUAGCCUUCAGAGGAUUCAAAUGAAGUAUAAGCACGAGACGGAGCUUCUGGAAGAUAGCUUCGCACUCCCAGGAUUUCCACCCUUCUCUAGCAAGUUCGGUUCUAGUGAAGACGAAUAUGUGGAUUCAGAUGACCUUGAAAAUAUCCGUCCACGUGCCCGACCUUCUGCAAUAUCGAAUAUCCUUUUGACAGACUCCAACUUGGUUACAGUUCCCUCAGGAGGCAUAAAGCAAGAGUUUAGGCGGCGACAUGUACCACAAGGAUGGCUUCAUAAAAUGGAUCCUCUUGAACCAAUUUUAUUGUUCACGAAGCCUCUAGUUCCGGAAAAGUUGGUAGCUGCAGGCAUUGUACCACCAUCUGAUUCGUCAACAAGAAAUAGCAUAUCAGCACCAUGUAAAUUUCGUGGAAGGAUGGGCCGUGGUGGCCGUAUAAUUUUUGAUAGAUGGAAUCCUUUGUUGCAAACUCCAAUUGACUGUGGCAACUCGUUUUAUAUACCACCAAAACCCAGAUCUUCGACGUACAAUUGAGUUGAUUAGUUUGCAUAGUCCCAGGUGGUCAACUCCACGGUGGGAUCUUGGAAAUUGUAGGGUUCAUGAGCAUUAUGUUAGGCAUAUUAUAGAAGUGGGUGGUUUGAUGCGGGAGCAGGGAGAUGGGUGUGUACCGUUUUUUGGUUUCCUUUCGUCGAUCUUUGCUUAAAAUGUGUUCCCGUGUCGUGUCUUACCCGAUGUUAAUUUAUUGCUUUGCCUCGAUGAAACAUGGUCUCUCUUUCUCUCUCUCUUGGUGGCUAAUUAAGGAUCGGUGUGCGAAAGACCACAGGAAAGUUGCAGAAAUUACAAGGCCCGUGACAAUUGUUGUACAAUGUAUGUACGUGCUAUGGUAAUUUAGUGGAGGAGAUGCAUUAGAAAGAAGAGAUUAGGACUCUGUUAUUCUGUCUUAUAACUCCUACAAGGGAGAUGGGACUCUUUUAUGUCUUUAAUUUUUUGUGAUGUAUUAUGGCGACGGCCAAAAUAAUUAUAUAGGCGAUAGCCCUUCUUGUAUCA